GAAAUCUAAUCUAGUCUAGACUUUAGGCAUAGAAAUGUCGUGCUAAGCUCAUCAUUCCGUUGUAUUGAGCUUCUUCAAAAAAUCUAUUAGUAUGGCGUGUGGUGCCCUUUCUUUCCUCCUUAAUGUUGUCUGCAGCCCGCUCUCCAUUAUUACGUAGGACUUUUACCACCAACCAUGUCGAUGGCUUCACAGGCGCUGUCGGAAAUACGCCUCUAAUCUACUUGAAAGGCCUUUCUGAGAAGACAGGUGCUCAUAUAUACGGCAAAGCCGAGUUUCAAAAUCCAGGCGGUAGUGUGAAAGACCGGGCUGCUCUCGGAGUGAUUCUUGACGCAGAGAAGCGAGGGCUCCUGAAGCCAGGCGGCACUGUUGUUGAGGGCACCGCUGGAAACACUGGGAUCGGUUUGGCCCACGUCUGUCGAGCACGGGGAUACAGAUGCGUGAUUUUCAUGCCCAACACCCAGAGCCAAGAGAAGAUCGAUCUUCUCCGCAUGCUUGGCGCAGACGUAUAUCCUGUCCCUGCCGUGGCGUACGAAAAUCCAGCCAACUACAACCACCAAGCACGCGACUUUGCUAAGGAUAUACCUAAUGCUAUAUGGACAGACCAAUUCGACAACACCGCGAACGCAAAUGCUCACUAUGAAUCUACCGGCCCAGAAAUCUGGGAGCAGACCAAAGGCCAGGUGGAUGGAUUCAUCUGCGCCACAGGCACUGGCGGAACAUUGGCUGGUGUCGGCAAGUUUCUACACGAAAAGAGUCAAGCAAAGACUCAAAUAUGGCUGGCUGAUCCCCCGGGCAGUGUGUUAACUAGUUAUGUCGCGAGUGGUGGCAAGUUGGUGGAAAGAUCUGGGAGUUCCAUAACGGAAGGGAUUGGACAGGGGCGUAUAACGAACAAUCUUGGAACGUUUAUCAACCAGCUCUCUGGUGCUUUCACGAUUGACGAUACCAAGUCGAUCGAGAUGGUUUAUCAUCUGCUCGAUACGGAAGGCUUAUACCUGGGCGCUAGCUCAGCAUUGAACGUCGUCGCCGCCGCCGAACUUGCCGUCAAGUUGGGUAAAGGUUCCAGAGUUGUCACGAUUCUGUGCGACGGUGCACAUAGAUACCAAAGCCGUUUAUUUUCCAAACAGUGGCUCAAAGCGAAGAGGCUGGAGGACGCUAUACCGCCUCACUUGAAGAAGUAUGCGGUGCUGGAUUAGACAGUGCUAUGCUUUGUACAUACAACGUUACCGUAGACGUUCGUAUAGAUAAAUCUUUUCAAUGAACAUAUACACAUAAUACGGCUUA